AAAUGUUCUUGAUUGUGUCUCUUCUCUCUCUCCCUUUAAAUCUGCAAAUCUUCUUUUCUGAUCUUACUCUCUCUCUCUUGUGUCAUCGUCUCCACGAUGAAGCACAAAGUCUCCAAGAGAGUAAUAUCUCUGAAAUGGGUUCCGUUUCUCUGCAUCUCUUUCUACGCUCUCGGAGCAAUCUUCACCUCCAGGUCAUGGGAGCCGUCUUCAGAUUCCGGAAGUCAGCUAAUCUCACAGCACCGUCGUGAUCAUGAACUUCAGAUUGUGUCAGACGAUUGUGCUCAUAAUAUUAAAAAAGCUACACAAGAAAAAGAUGUGAUUAAUGAAGUUUUGAGAACUCAUGAGGCUAUAAAGGUUGACAGGUCGUUGGAUAAGUCAGUUUCUACGCUUCAGAUGGAGUUGUCUUCUACAAGGAGCUCUCAAGAGAAGGUUGAUGGCUCAGAAACAACCAAUUCUUUAACGGGAGCAAACCCGAGGAAGAAAGUGUUCAUGGUAAUGGGAGUUAACACUGCAUUUAGCAGUAGAAGACGGCGUGAUUCUGUCAGAGAAACGUGGAUGCCUCAAGGGGAGAAGCUUGAAAAAUUGGGACAAGAUAAAGGGAUUGUAAUCAAGUUCAUGAUUGGACACAGUGCGACGUCAAAUAGUAUAUUGGAUAGAGCUAUUGAUUCAGAAGAUGCUCAACACAAAGACUUCCUUAGGCUGGAGCAUAUUGAAGGAUAUCACGAACUCUCAGCAAAAACCAAGAUAUUCUUUUCCACUGCAGUAGCGAAAUGGGAUGCGGAGUUCUAUAUCAAGGUUGAUGAUGAUGUUCAUGUCAAUCUCGGUAUGCUGGCUUCCACACUUGCCCGUCACCGCUCAAAACCGAGGGUCUAUAUUGGGUGUAUGAAAUCAGGGCCUGUUCUUGCUCAAAAGACAGUGAAGUACCAUGAGCCUGAGUAUUGGAAAUUUGGAGAGGACGGUAACAAAUACUUUCGACAUGCUACAGGACAGAUCUAUGCCAUCUCGAAGGAUCUUGCCAAAUACAUAUCCGUCAACCAGUACGUAAUUCAACAUCCUUAUCAUAAUGAGUAUUUCAGCUUCAGUACCAAUCAUAUGUUCGUUCUGAAAAGUUUGAACUUUAGGCCAAUAUUGCAUAAAUACGCAAAUGAAGAUGUGUCUUUGGGGUCUUGGUUUAUUGGCCUUGAGGUUGAACAUAUUGAUGACCGCAACUUCUGUUGUGGGACUCCUCCAGAUUGUAGAUGGAAGGCAGAGGCGGGCGAUGUGUGUGUGGCCUCAUUCGAAUGGAGCUGCAGUGGGAUCUGCAAGUCUGUAGAGAGAAUGAAGAUAGUCCACGAAGUGUGUAGUGAAGGAGAAGGAGCUGUUUGGAAUACACUUCUCUAGAAGAUAUUUCAGUUCUCAAUCAGCUAAGUUGAGGUAAUACUAAAAAAGAUCUACUCACAAGUUUGACAGAGUGAUACAAGAGAGAGAGAAAGAGAGAUGGCAAAUUUUGUAUAGGACCAAAGGUAUACAAAUAUCAUACUGAAGAAAUAUUUAGUUGUUGUGAAACAGUUGAUGCUUAUUAAAGUUAUUGGCUUUGUUGUUUC